GUAUGGGACCGGCCCACCCUCAAUAUCCCCCGCCGCCGCCUCAGCCACCCCAACACGUGCUCGCCGCGGCAGCAGCCGCUGCAGCCUCGGCAGUGCCCGAUGUACACAAACGCGACAAGGACGCCAUUUACGGACAUCCCCUCUUCCCGCUUCUCGCAUUGAUCUUCGAGAAAUGCGAAUUGGCGACGUGUACACCGCGCGAGCCUGGUGUUGCCGGAGGAGACGUUUGUUCGUCCGAAAGUUUCAACGAGGACAUCGCAGUUUUUUCCAAACAGAUUAGACAAGAAAAGCCCUACUAUAUAGCGGAUCCGGAGGUUGACUCGCUGAUGGUUCAAGCGAUUCAGGUCCUUCGAUUUCACCUCCUCGAACUUGAAAAGGUGCACGAGCUCUGCGACAACUUCUGCCACCGGUACAUCAGCUGUCUGAAGGGCAAGAUGCCGAUCGACUUGGUGAUCGACGACCGAGAGAGCUCGAAGCCGCCGGAAAUGGGUAACGGGCUAGACGGAGGCGGUCCCAGGAGCACAGCCGACAGCACCAGCCACACGGACGGAGCUAGCACGCCCGACGUCAGGCCGCCCUCCUCAUCGCUUUCCUAUCCUGGUGCGGGCGGUAACGAUGAUGCACGUAGUCCUGGAAGCGGUGGUACACCCGGACCACUCAGUCAACAAGCACCUACCAGUUUGGAUUCCUCGGACCCCGACGCCAUGGGAAAAUGGUGUCCGCGUAGAGAAUGGAGUUCGCCGCCAGACGCGCAAAGAGCGGCGAGCGAUGCUGCGCGUCGUGGCGUCCUUUAUUCCUCCGUCUUCCUCGGCAGUCCUGGUGACGCGAGCAACGCGAGUAUCGGUAGUGGCGAGGGCACGGGCGAGGAAGACGACGAUUCCUCGGGUAAGAAGAAUCAGAAGAAGAGAGGAAUCUUUCCGAAAGUUGCGACUAACAUUCUCAGGGCGUGGCUGUUUCAACACCUCACGCAUCCGUACCCCUCGGAGGAUCAGAAGAAACAACUGGCACAGGACACGGGGUUGACGAUUCUUCAAGUUAAUAAUUGGUUCAUUAAUGCGAGGCGUAGAAUCGUACAGCCGAUGAUAGACCAGAGUAAUCGAGCCGUGUUUCCACCAUUGUCCGCAGGUCCUAGCGGGGCGUACAGUCCGGACGCGACGAUGGGCUAUAUGAUGGACGGACAGGCGGCGAGCAUGAUGCACCGGCCGCCGGGCGAUCCUACCUUCCACAACCAGUACCAUUACCCGCCCGAGUACUAUGGACAUCACUUAUAAAGUAGCAGUCGCGUACCCAUAUAAAAAUACGGUGGAACGACGGUUCUUGCGGAUUGGAAAACGUAGAAACGCGUUGGGACCACCGUGCUCCAGCCGGCGAACUAGAGAAUCACGGAAGGGCGAUGCGAAAGGCCGAAGAACGAGGAUAAUCUGCCGGGGAAAGGGGGAGGGGAGGGGGUGCAUCAAUAAUCCCCAAAGGGUAGACAGCAACUCGGAUCGUCAACGAAAAGAGAAAGAAUGAAAGAGAGAAAGAAAGAUAGAUAGAUAGAUAUGCAGAGAGAGAGAGAGAGAGAGAGAGAGAGAGAGAGAGAAUAAAGAAGAGGAAGAGGAUCUCUAACGGAGCGAUGAGUCUAUGUGAUGGAGGAAAGAAGAAAGCCGUCAUCGAAUGGUGUCGAUGGACGAGGAUUCUCACAGGACGAAAAGGAAGCACCGAAUGUGGCGCUAAAUAAGAGAAGAGAAAAAGGAAAUAUAAGAGGGGGAAACGAAAAAAAAAAAAUAAGCAAAAAAGAAGAAGAAGAAGGAGGAAAAAAACGAAGAAAAAUGAGAGAACGGAGGACACGCGGUCGACGCCUGGCGAAAGGAGAUGAUGGCCGCGAGGGGAAUUCAUGUGAUUGUUCUUUGUACAAAUGUCGCGGUGUAAUAUUGUAGUGAAUGAAGAAUUUAAAUGUUAAAUUUUAAUACCGAUCGCAAUCGAGAUAUAAUUAAAUAUGAGAACGAGUAACGCGGUGAUAUAUAGGCAAUUUAGCGGGCAUGUACAUUAAACGAGGGGAUAGACGAGAGAGUGAGAGAGAGAGAGAGAGAGAGAGAGAGAGAUAGAGAGAGAUAGAGAUAGAGAUAGAGAGAGAAAGAGAGAAAUAGAGAGAGAGAGAGAGAGAGAGAGAGAGAGAGAGAGAAAGAGGAAAUGAGGAAGAGAGACAUGAGAUUAAGAGAAUCAAGAAGGAAGAACUCGGAGCUCGCGCAGGAAGGUUCGAAAAAGGAUAGGGAGAUAAAGAAGAAGCUAAGAAAAUAUGAGUGCGUCCGUGUAUGUAUACAUGAACGAGAGUGAGAUAUGUCCGUGGAACAUACGUUUCGAGUAUAUAUAUAUAUAUACUUAUAUAGAUACGUAUGUAUAUAUCUAUACAUAUAUAUAUAUAUAUAUAUAUAUAUAUAUAUAUAUAUAUAUACAUAUAGGAGAGAAAAAAAAAAGAGAGGAAUUUUAGAAGAGAAACGCGGUGCGCGGUGUUUAAGAG